AGGAAGUCGAAUAAUCGACGGGGACAAGAGGAGACUGGAGAGUGCGUGUCCAGCAGUGGUGGAGAGGGAUACGGUGGAUUUUGGCCCCCAUUGUCCAUUUCCCACCCACACCUUCACAGCACGGCGCCUGGGUCAUUCCGGUCCGUGGACCCCGAUGCAGUUGCACCGCCUGCACACUCGACAGCGACACCGUUGGACAGGGUGAAGAUGAAGGGGGCGCUGUGGCUUUCCCCGCGCCGCGAGUGCCGAGUCGGGUGACGUUGAUGGCGGCGGCGGCGGUGGGGGCAGCCGGAGAGCGCGCGCGUCUGUGUGCGAGUCUCGGGCGACCGGGCUGGAUCCCCAGCUUCAGCUCGGCUACUCCAGUGGAGGAGGACGACGACGAGGAGGUAGUGGUGGUUGACGAGGUGCGAGCACGUGGAGGACAACGACGUGAAGAAGGAAGAGGAGAAGGGAGGAGGAGGGAGACGGAGGAGGCCGCGGCCUCGAGCCCCGGAGUGUCGGAGCGGCCAUGGACGACGUGGUGCUGGUCAGCGUGACCGGGGCGAACGGAGAAAUCGCCGUGCCCGUCCUAGUGGGCCCCGAGCACAACCACCACCACCACAGCAACCACCUCAACCAGCAUCCGCAGCUGCGGCUUCUCCUCCACUCCCAGCACGAGCAGGAGACGAGAGACGGCGGCGGCGGCAGCAGCCAGAGCGACGCGGGGCCGCGAGGAGAUGACAAAGACAGGGCCUCUGAUGAGCAGGCCGCAUUAUCCGCGGGCCCCACUUUGACGGCGGACCCCGCGGGCUCCCAGACAAAGGCGGCCUCCGAGGCGGCCGGGCCCGCGGGGCCUGAACACGACGCGGAGAAAGCGUCUGACGGUGACAACAACAACAUCAUCAUCGUCAACAACAACAACAACAGCGGCGGCGACAACAACAGCAGCAGCGGCAAGGAGGAGGACGGCAGGAGCAGCAGCAGCAACAACAAAGAGGAGGCUGUGCCCGGCGAGGAGGUUGCUCUACUACAGCCAGCACCUCCUCCUCCUCCUCUCAAUCUCCUGGAGUCUUGCGCUGCCUGUGGCCAGGGCCUCCAGAGGCGGGAGCCCAAGCUGCUGCCAUGUCUACACUCCCUGUGCGCCGUGUGCGUGCCACCGCCGCAGCCGCAUAUCCCCGUUCCUAUGGCGGGGCCGGUCAUGAAUGGACAGCCUCACCAGCAGCCCCACCACCAGCAGCAGCAGCAUCCGCAGCAGCAGCAGCAGCAUCCACAACAGCAUCCACAGCACCAUCAGCAGCAGCAGCAACAUCAUCAGCAGCAGCAGCCGCCUUCGCCUGUAGGGCCCAUGUCAGUGCAAGCCAUCGUGCGCUGCCCAAUCUGCCACCAAGGAUGCCAGCCCAAGGACAUCGUGGACAACUACUUUGUGACGGACGGCUCAGAGGGAGUGGCGGGCACAGAGAACAGCUCGCAGCCGUGCACAAGCUGUGACGACGGUGCGGACGCCGAGGGGUUCUGCGUGGAGUGCCUCGAGUGGCUGUGCCGCACGUGCAUCGAGGCCCACCAGCGCGUCAAGUUCACCAAGGACCACGCCAUCCGGCGCAAGGACGACGCUCAGGACGAUGCGGCGGGCAUGGCCACGCUGCGGCCCGUCUACUGCCCCGUCCAUCGCCGGGAGCCGCUGAAGCUCUUCUGCGAGACCUGCGACCGCCUCACCUGCCGGGACUGUCAGCUGCUGGGACACAAGGAACACAGGUACCAAUUUGUGGAGGAGGCUUCGCAGCAGCAGGUGGUGAUUAUCGAGACGCUUACGGCCAAGCUGCAGGAGAAGAAGAACUACGUGCAUUUUGCCGCCAUGCAGGUGCAGAACAGGCUGAAUGAGGUCGUGGAGGCCCACAAGAAAGUGGAGCACGACAUCCGGGUGGCCGUCUUCACGCUCGUCAACGAAAUCAACAAGAGGGGCAAGUCGCUGCUGCAGCAGCUCGAGUCGGUGACACGUGAGCGGCAGGCCAAGCUAGGCCGCCAGCGGGACGAGAUUGGCGAGCUGGCACGGCACGUGGAGCACGUCCUCAGCUUUGCACGCUUCGCCGUCGCCAGCGGCAACAGCACCGCCCUGCUCUACAGCAAGCGGCUGGUGACGUACCAGCUGCGUGCCAUCCUAAGGGCGCGCUGCGACCCGGCACCCGUGGCCAGCAGCGGCGUCAAGUUCCACUGCGAUUCCUCCUUCUGGGCCAAGAACGUCCUCAACCUCGGCACCCUGGUGGUUGAGAACCCUCCUCCCGGGGCGGUGCACGCGUUUCUGCCCAACAUCGCGCUUGCGCAGGCAGGCCGGCCGCCCCCCGGCACCGUGCCCCACAUGCCGCCCUCCCCCUCCGCGCCGGGCCCCCCUCUCCCGGCCUCGCUCGCGGGGCCGGGGGGCCCGAUGCGUCAGCAGGCGUCAGGAGGAGGACCCCCCCUGCAGCCCCUGCCACCGGGCCCGCCGGGCUCCGGGCAGAUCAACUUGGCUCAGCUCCGUCUGCAGCACCUGCAGCAGCGGGCCAUCAAGCAGCAUCAGCAGCACCAGCAGCAGCAGCAACAGCAUCAGCAUCAACAGCAACAGCAGCAUCAGCUGCAGCAACAACACCAACAGCAGCAGCAACAGCAGCAGCAACAGCAGCAACAGCAGCAGCAACAGCAGCAGCAGCAACAGCAGCAGCAGCAGCUUCGUCUGGUGGCCAGGCCUCAGCCAUUGCAGCCCCACCGCAGAGUUUCUUCGUCUGCGUCCGUGGCGGCCGCUACCGCCCUUGCUGCCGGGCAGCCGGCCUUCGCCACUCUCUCUCCGACCAACGGCGGGCAGCCACCGCGGCUCAUCAGCCUGCAGUCCUUCCACCGAGCCACGCAGCACUUGUCGGCCACGCAAGCUCGCGCCGUCGCCCAAGGCGGCGGCAGCGUCCGCAUCGGGGGGCAGCAGCAGCAGCAGCAGCCUCCGGGACCACAACAGCAGCAGCCGCAGCAGCAGCAGCAGCAGCGGGCACCACAGGGGCCCCCGCAAAACCCGGCACACUCGCUCCGACAGCACCCCGGCAGCAGUGUCCCCCUCGGGGUCCCCUUCCCCGUGUUUGAGGACGUGUCAUCGGUGCUGAAGCUGGCGGCGGUUCACGCCAACGGGGCCCUAGCGGACGGUGUGCCCAGCCCCGCGCCCCGCCUCACCUCCCCCGGAUUCUCCAUCUCCCCGGGGUCCGCCAUGCACUCGCCCGUGACGGUGGCGAGCCAGACGCCCAUCAGGCCUUCCAGUGCCUCCAGCACUGGCAGCCACGGCAGCUCCGCAUCCCCCAAAGUCCCAUACGUGCGCCUCGAGCGAAUCAAGCACGAGCCCGGCACGGCGCUCGCCGAGAGGGGCUCGGCGUGCGGGGGGCAGCAGCAACAGCAGCACCACCACCACCACGCGUUGGCAUCGGCGACCCCCGCGACCGCUGCGCCCUCCGCGUCCGCCAACAGCGUGAGCGUGAAGCAGGAGGCGGCGCUCGGCGGGGGCGGCGCCGCCGGGAGCGCCUGUUGCGUGCUGAGCAGCCCCGACAGCAUCCUCACCCCGCCGCUGUCCAACCCGAGCUGCGAGUCGCUCCCCAUCCACGCCGUGCGCGUCAAGGAGGAGCGGCUCGACGGCGCCGACUACGCGGCGGGCUCCACUCCGCACUGCGGCGCCGGGCCCGGGCACUCCCCUCGCCGACACAGCCAGCCCGACUCCACCACCGGCCUGCCCGGACACCGCAGCGCCGAGGGCACCGGCCGGGGUGCCAGCGGCGCGGACAGCAGUUCCGCGUUGCGGAGAGGAGACGAGGGCGCGGGGAGCGACGGGGCCGGCGGCGGGGACGAUGCGGCGCAGGAGCCGGCGCCGGAGCAGAUGACCGAGGGCGCCGGGUGCGACUGCGCAGUGUGCGGUGCGGACGCCCCCGUGCUGGCCUGCGCGGAGUGCGGGGGGCGGUAUCACCUGACCUGUCACGUGCCCGUCCUCUCCGAGCAUCCUGGCGGGGACUGGCGCUGUGGCCUGUGCCGCGGCCCGGACUGCGAGGAAGAUGCAGCGGAGACGGCGCGGGACGGUGUGACAGCCGGCGAGCGGAGGCGCUGCGAGGUGCUGCUGCUGUCAGUGCUGUGCCGCAUCACCAGCGAGCCCAGCGCUCCGUGCACCGGCGUCUCGGAAGCUGAAAAGCAAAUGAAUGGCACGGAAGCUGGUAGCGACGGAGGCAGCGGUGGCGAUGGUGGCGACGCUCCGUUGCCGUGCUGGCUGGACGCGGUGAGGCAGCGACUCCAGCCCGACUCCCCGGAGCCGUACGGCAGCCCCGAGGAAUUUGUGUCGGCGCUGCGCUCGGGCCUGCGCUCACAUCGGGACCACCGCGCGCUGGAGGCUCACGUCACGGACCGGCUUGGGGAGCUGUUCCCGGCGCUGAGCGGGACGCACGGCACGUGCGGCGCAGACGCGGCCGAGGACGCCGGCGCGGACCCCGCAGCAGCGGAGGCGGCGGACGCUGCCGGCGUGUGCCCGGACGGGCUCGCGACCGUGGACACGGCAGAGGCGUGCGGGGACGUGGGCGCCGGGACGGGCGAAGACGCCGGGACGAGCGGCACGGUGGACGCGAGCGCGGACGUGGGCGGCGCGAGCGCGGACGUGGGCGGCGCGCUGGAUGCGGACGUCGGCGCCGGAGCCGACGUGGUUGAGGACGCCGAAGUGGAGGUGGAGACGGCGGAGGCCGCCGAGGACGUCUCGGCGGGCGACGGCGGCGCGGGCGGUGGAGGCGACGGGGACAGCGACGUCGAAUGCGGCGAACCGAAAUCCAAGCGCGCCAGGCUGGAUCCUGCCGAACCGGGCCCCUAGCGGCCGUCGGACGCCGAGCGACACGACCCAACGAACCCCGGCGGGAAACCAUCUCGCAGCCGCGGGACUUCGUGCGUGUCGUCACGCCCUGCGGGUGACGAUUGUCUCGAGAAGUGCGAGCCGCCCUGCGCUCGUCCCGUCGAGACCUGGUUUUUGGACGCGCGACUAUUUUGGGAAAAAACAAGUGCCAAAGCGAAUGCUGCCGAGCGUUGCGGGAGCUGCACGGCGUGAAUGUAGGGGGGGGGGCUUCCCCGCGGAGUGGGGUGGGGGGGCCGCGGGACGCGGCAGCGGCGACGGCGAGGGCCGCCACAGGAAGCAUCCGCCGCAGCCUCCUGCUAGCCCCGAUCAGAGCGUACGAGCAGCGUGGAGUUUUGGCGAAGAGCGGCGCCGUUCGUCACAUUUAGCGCCCAACGCAUGACCAAGUGUGUGUUUAGCCGUGCGAUUGUUACAAGGUUUUUUGUAGUUGUAUUCUUAAUAUUAUUAUCAUCAUUGUAUUUAUUUUAUCACCAUCUUGCUGCAGGGCUGGGUGGGAGUGUAUUUAUCAUGCCGUGCAGCUGGGGUAAGCGCGCCCUUGUUCCAAGUGGAGCGGCCGUGUCCCCCGACCAAGACGGGUUGUAAUUUUUUUUUAUUUUUUCAGGGUUUUACCUGAAGUUCGCGACGUGAGCCAAGCAGGGGGUGGGGGGGGGGCCCUCGUGGCCUCGUCUUCCCAUGUACAGACUCGGACUCGAUUCGGUCAAGCUUGCGGCUACUACUCAUGCGCACGUGCCGGCCGUCCUCCGUUACGGAACCCCGCCAUCACGCUCGGCGGAGAAAUCACUUGGCUUCUCUUGGAAUCACCUCGUCUCGCGUUCCCAACGGACCUGGAACUAAUGAAUCCCAACGAGAGCCAGCGCCGCGCUCGCCCGCCCACCCACUCGCUUGCCCGGCCGCCCACACACUUGCCCACCCCGGUACCUCGACCGUGGGGCUGCAGGCGAGAGAGACUUCUCUGAAUGACGAAAGGAUCCUUCAUCUCCCGUGGCUCAUCCCUCGUCGACCGUUGUUCCCCCGCCCCCCCCCGGCCUCGUCUUCAUGCCCACGGACAAGCCCACGCACACACGGACUGGCGCGUGCAGGCGCAGGCUAGUUAAGCGUCCUCACGGCGCGCCCUUUGCGGCAUCGUUGGCGGCUCGUGGUGUGACGCUGGCAGAGCGCGACGCGGAACGGUUCUACCGUAGUCGGUGGCUGCAGCAGGAGCUUGUUUCUGGUUUCAGCGAUGUUUUUAGUUGGGGGGGGGGGGGUGUAAUUGAAU